UUUGGAACGUAUUCGUUACAUUCUAUAGAGAGAGAAAAUGUAUAAAUAUGAUAUUACCCAAUUAGCUUUCUCUUGACUCUUGACUCUUGAGCAUAUCGCAAAAACACCUUAUGACCAAAUGGCUUAUGUUCACAUUCUCAUCUCUCUUCUCAUCUUCAUUACCUUCAAACCUUCAAUCUCCGUCGUCCCUGAUCCACCAACACAAAACCUAAUCAACAGAAUAUGCAAACAAACAAUCGAUUUCAAAUUCUGCAACCAAGCAAUCACGUCACAGCUAAUCAGAAAACAAACCUCGAUCAAAACAAUCGCAAAGCUAACCGCGGCUAAAGCUUGGAUCAACGCGAUACAAACGCUAGAUAACAUCGAAGGUACGCUUCUUCCGAAAGCGAAAGAUCGUAGAGACAAAACAGAGUUUGAUGCUUGUAGGAAAGCUUAUAAGUUGGUGGAUGCUCAUUUAGACAACGCGUUGAAGUAUUUGUAUUUACGAGACUAUAGGUUUAUGAGAGCGUAUCAGGCUCUUGCUCUUGUGAAUAUUUCCAUGUGUAGAACGAGUUUUUUUCAUCCGACGCCUAUGGUUUAUGCGAAUUGGAACAUGAAGAUGUUGACGGAUAUAGCGAUUUAUGCUGGCAAGAUUCUUGCUCCUCCUCCUCCUCUUAGGAAGAAGAACAAGACGCCAUGAAAGCCAUCAUUUUUUAAACCCAUUAGCUUUUUUUGUUCUCUUUUAUUAUUCAAUCGAAUAGUAUUUUCUGAUUUAUUUCAAAAAAAAAAAUCCAAUUUUUUUUAUACAACAGUGUUUUUUUUUUUUUUUUGUUAUUUAGAGGGGAAAUAGGGUGAGUCAACGUUAUAUAUCUGUACUUCUUUCUUUUCUUUGUUACAUAUUUUUUGAUCAAAAAAAAUGGAGUGCGUCUUAUUAUUAGAAAUAAUUUUUGGCAUGGAUGAGAU